AUCCAGUCUCGCCACCAAUAUAUAUAUUUCAUAUCCCCUCACACACACACACACACACACACAUAAACACACACGAAGAAAUUAAGCAAAGAGGAAAAGGGAUAUGGGUGAGAAAGAGGCGGGAAAGAAAGAAGAGGAGGAGAAGAAGAAAGAAGAAGAAGAAGAAGUGAAAAAAGAAGAGAAAAAGGAAGAAGAAAAGAAAGAUGAAUUAAUUAAUGAAGAUAAUAUAAUUGUGCUCAAAGUUGACAUGCAUUGUGAGGCUUGCGCCAGAAAAGUUGCUAGAUCCCUCAAAGGCUUUCAAGGAGUGGAGGAGGUGACGGCGGAUUGCAAGGCGAGUAGAGUGGUGGUGAAAGGAAAGGCGGCCGACCCUGUAAAAGUGUCCCAAAGAAUUCAAAAGAAAAGUGGCCGGAAAGUUGUCAUCAUUUCGCCGUUGCCGAAGCCGCCGCCGGAAAACAAGCCGGAGGAAAACAAAGCGGAGGAGCCACCCAAAGAAGAAAAGAAAGACGAGCCUCCACCUGUCAUAACAAUUGUACUGAAAGUUCGAAUGCAUUGCGAAGCAUGCGCGCAGGUACUCGAAAAGAGAAUUCGCAAAGUUAAAGGUGUAGAGUCGGUGACAGCGGAUAUCGGAAACGAUAAGGUGACAGUGAAAGGCGUUCUCGAUCCAGAAGAGCUGGUGAACGACGUGUACAAGCGAACAGGUAAACAAGCAUCGAUAGUUAAGGAAGAAGAAAAGAAAGAAGAACAAGAGGUUAAGAAAGACGAAGAGAAGAAAGACGAAAAACAAGACGAGAAAAAAGAAAGCAAGGAAGACAACGAAGAAGAAGAAAGUAAGAAAAUGGAGAUAAAAAAGAUGGAAUAUUGGCCUCCAAAGUACUACAUGGACCAUGCUUACGCCCCUCAAUUGUUCAGCGACGAAAACCCGAACGCUUGUUCGCUUAUGUAAUGGAAAUCUCGUUCGCGCGCGUUCGUAGUUUCAAUUGAAUUUAUAAUAUCUUAUUAUAUUAUGUGUUGUUCGAUGACUAUAUUAUUAUGCGCUGGCAUUUGACGCCGCAGGUUUUUUUUUUAAUUAUUUAAUUAGUAGUGUUCGAAUAAUCUCUGCAGAUUGUUUUGCCAGAGGAAUUAAUAUGGAUGUACAUAGUGAAGUUUGAGGAUGUUGUUGUUUUUUGUUUGUCAAAUGUAUUAUUUGGCAGCCCCAUAACUAUGUAAUAUGAUUAUUAUUAUUUUUUGAGUUUCUAAAUU